AUGGCAACCGUGAUUAAAGAUAGAAGGGAACGUUACACUAAAAAGAUAACCCCUGAGGUGCGCAGAGCUAGUGCAAAGUUUAGUUAUGCAAACGACGAUAGCACUACAGACAGCGGAGAUGAAGAGGUUCUCGUCGAGGUCAAGGACAAACCUAAGCAGAAAAAACUUAAGAAGAAAGGGAAUGGAAAAGAGAAGGCUGCGACGAAAGCGCAGAACAGGCACACCGAGAUGUGCGAUAGAGCAAUGCAGAUGAUGGAUAGGAUCGGACGGUUUUUAGAUAAAUAUGAGAGCGAGACCUCGGAGAGUGAGUAA